AUGACCGUUGUUGUCGGUGACAAGUUGCGAGACUACAGAUUAGUCAACGACAAAGGGGUACUCGGCCUCUUCUUCUUGUUGUCAAUGGAUUUCCGGCUUUGGCACUUGUACGGUGUUCCCCCUGUUAGAGAUUCAAUGUCUCUGGAGCACUUCCACAGGCGAAAGCAACUCCCAAAUAGCAUGAACAUCGAGCAAAAUUUUCAAAGGAGCCAAUCAUCGACUAUCCCGGUUGAGGAUGUCUACAACUGCUACUUUACCACGCGUACCUCGGAGAUGGGCUGCGUUCUGCAGCACCUUGCCACCAACGUGCAUAAUUGUCUCCCAACCGAGGAAGAGAGGGGCAAACAACUUAUCAUCUUUCGUUUUUUCGUCUGA